AUGGGUUCUUUACGUGUUGAGGCGUAUGGCUCGGUGCAAGGUAUUUUGCAGUAUUGUUUUGAUAUUAAUGAUGUAGAUAUGGCUUCAAGGUGUGUGAAUUUUGUGUGGGCUAUAUGGGAAGCUCGCAACAGGUUGGUGUUUCAAGGCAUUACGUCUUCGUUGGACGUCUUGGCUUCUCGGUUGCAGAUGAUUCAUGCGCCCCCUAGCGUCUCCAUUUCUCCUCCAGGACGUGACUUUGCAGCAGUGUGGAAAAGGCCUCAACCGAACGUGACCAAGCUCAAUUUUGAUGGCUCUUGGAAGACUAAUCGUGCGGCGGACUUCGGUUGUGUAGCGCGGAACCACCACGGUGAGGUUAUGGCGGCAGCAACGGUCUCUCCGGUGGAUGCUUCAUCUCCAUUGAUGGCUGAAGUUCUUGCUUUUAGAUGGUGUCUCUCUCUUGCAGCUGAUCUUUUCUUCCAUGAUAUAGAGGUGGAAACAGAUUGUCUCAAACUCUAUGAAGCUUGGAACAAGCAUUUGCAGGGAGCUUCUUAUUUUAUUUCUAUUCUUAAAGAUUGUAAGGAUUUGGUUUUAUAUUUUUCUAGUUUUCGUUUGUCUUUUGUCGUCGAUCCGGUAACUCUGUAG